GUCAGCGGGAGGCUCGGCAGGCCGCGCGCGGCGGGGCCGGGGGCGGCUCGCGGAAGCAGCCCUGUCAGGGCAGCGGCGGCGAUUCCGCGGCUGCCGCGAGGCUCGGGCGAGUCCGCCGUGGGCCCCAUCUUCCGGCGGCCGGCGGAGUUUGUGGUGAUUGUUACCGCCGCCAGCCCCGGCUGCCAUCUCCUCCUCUUCCUCCUUCUCCUCCUCCUCCUGGGCCGGGCCGGUCCCCUCCCCGCGGCCGCCUCCUCCUGGGCUGGGCCCGCGGCGUCUCGUCCCCUCGCGGAGCCGCCGCCGCCGCCGCCGCCGCCGCCUCCUCCUCAUUCAUCCUCGUGCACCAUAGGCGGCACAGGCACCAAGAUGUCCAACCGAGUGGUCUGCCGGGAAGCCAGCCACGCCGGGAGCUGGUACACCGCCUCAGGACCUCAGCUAAAUGCCCAGUUAGAAGGUUGGCUUUCACAAGUUCAGUCUACAAAAAGACCUGCUAGAGCCAUUAUUGCACCCCAUGCAGGAUACACGUACUGCGGCUCCUGUGCUGCCCAUGCUUACAAACAAGUGGAUCCAUCCGUUACCCGGAGAAUUUUCAUCCUUGGGCCCUCCCACCAUGUGCCCCUGUCUCGAUGUGCACUCUCCAGUGUGGAUAUAUAUAGGACUCCUCUGUAUGACCUUCGUAUUGACCAAAAGAUUUACGGAGAACUAUGGAAGACAGGAAUGUUUGAACGCAUGUCUCUGCAGACAGAUGAAGAUGAACACAGUAUUGAAAUGCAUUUGCCUUAUACAGCUAAAGCCAUGGAAAGCCAUAAAGAUGAGUUUACCAUUAUUCCUGUACUGGUUGGAGCUCUGAGUGAGUCAAAAGAACAGGAAUUCGGAAAACUCUUCAGUAAAUAUCUAGCGGAUCCUAGUAAUCUCUUUGUGGUGUCUUCUGAUUUCUGCCACUGGGGUCAAAGGUUCCGUUACAGUUACUAUGAUGAAUCCCAGGGGGAGAUUUAUAGAUCCAUUGAACAUCUAGAUAAAAUGGGUAUGAGUAUUAUAGAACAAUUAGAUCCUGUAUCUUUUAGCAAUUAUUUGAAGAAAUAUCAUAAUACUAUAUGUGGAAGACAUCCCAUCGGGGUGUUAUUAAAUGCUAUCACAGAACUACAGAAGAAUGGAAUGAAUAUGAGCUUUUCCUUUUUGAAUUAUGCCCAGUCAAGUCAGUGUAGAAGCUGGCAAGACAGUUCAGUGAGUUAUGCAGCUGGAGCACUCACGGUCCACUGAAGCUCCGACCCUCAGGGACACCACCUGCACAGACUCAUACUCUGUCCAGGGUCCAGCCUAGCCUUUACCAAGAUGUUGGUUCUGGUGUGGGGGGAUUCUGAAACCUCAGACUAAUAGAACUCUCUUCUCUUCUUUUCUAGUAGGUGUAGUCCUCCUUAAUUUCAACUCAUUUAAAAAAUGCUUUAUAGUUUGGGGCAGUGGAAGGAAGGCUGGGAUCAAAAUACUUUGAUUUAAAAAAAAAAAGAUGACAGUGUAAAGGCCCAAUUGGCACAGUUUUUGAAAAUGACUUGUAAAGCAUUUAGCAUAUCUGAAAUUUGCACUCUUUGCAGACUCAUGCACAUAUAUUCCGCUUUCAGAAUAGUUUUGCAGAUUGUACACAGACAAAAGGGUGGAAGCUUUUUAAUAAAAGAAAUUGCAUUUAUAAAUGAUCUGUAUUAGAAUAUAAGAAAUCUCCAGUUAUAGACAAUGACUACCCAUGUUGUACAACAGAUACCUUCUAUUUUAGUUGCUAAUAAAGGGCUACACAACUCAAAAUA